AUGAAUUCACGAAUGGAAUUCACCGACAGAGGCGAGAAGGCCGUGCAGGAUGCCAUGGCCCUCGCGGAGCAGUACGCCCACUCCCAGCUGCUCCCCGUCCACCUCGCCGUCUCCCUCCUCGAUCCCCCGGCAGACCUCUCAAAGGACCAACAAAACGGCCCGCCGCAGACGUCCUCCAUGUUCCGACAAGUCAUUGAGCGCGCCCACGGCGACCCGCAACUCUUUGACCGGGCACUCAAGAAGACGCUCGUCCGCCUGCCGAGCCAAGACCCGCCACCGGACCAGGUCUCCGUCGCACCCACAUUCCACGCCGUCCUCCGCAAGGCGCAAGAGCUGCAAAAGACGCAAAAGGACUCCUUCAUCGCCGUCGACCACCUCAUUCAGGCCCUCGCCGAGGACCACACAAUACAAGCCUGCCUGCGGGACUCCAACAUCCCCAAGGCGAAGCUGGUGCACGAUGCCGUCGCCCAGAUCCGCGGCACGAAGCGGGUGGACAGCAAGAACGCCGACACCGAGGAGGAGCACGAGAACCUCGCCAAAUUCACCAUUGAUAUGACGGCCCUGGCCCGUGAGAAGCAACAAGACCCGGUCAUUGGCCGUGAGGAGGAGAUCCGCAGAGUCGUGCGGAUCUUGUCCCGCCGUACCAAGAACAACCCGGUCCUCAUCGGUGAGCCCGGUGUCGGUAAGACUACCGUCGUCGAGGGUCUCGCCCAGAGAAUUGUUAACCGCGAUGUUCCCGACAACCUCAAGGCGUGUAAGCUGCUGUCGCUCGACGUCGGCGCCUUGGUGGCCGGAAGCAAGUACCGCGGAGAGUUUGAGGAGAGAAUGAAGGGCGUCCUGAAGGAGAUUCAGGAGUCCAAGGAGAUGAUUGUCCUCUUCGUCGACGAAAUCCACUUGCUCAUGGGUGCUGGCUCUUCAGGCGAGGGUGGCAUGGACGCCGCCAACUUGCUGAAGCCCAUGCUCGCCCGUGGUCAGCUGCACUGCAUCGGUGCGACGACCCUCGCUGAGUACCGCAAGUACGUUGAGAAGGACGCCGCGUUCGAGCGUCGAUUCCAACAGGUUCUCGUCAAGGAGCCUUCCAUUGCCGAGACCAUUUCCAUUCUCCGUGGUCUCAAGGAGCGGUACGACAGACAUCACCGCGUUACCAUCCUCGACAACGCCUUGGUAGCGUCUGCCAACCUCGCCGGCCGCUACCUUACGUCGAGAAGGCUUCCCGAUUCUGCCAUUGACCUGGUCGAUGAGGCUGCUGCUGCAGUUCGCGUCGCCAGGGAGUCGCAACCCGAAAUUAUUGACUCUCUUGAGCGCAAGCUCCGUCAAAUCAUGAUUGAGAUUGCCGCUCUGGAGAAGGAGAAGGACGAGGCGUCCCAGACUCGUCUCGUCCAAGCAAAGAAGGACGCCAAGAACGUAGAGGAGGAGUUGGAGCCUCUUCGCCAGAAGUACCUCAGUGAGAUCAAGAGAGGCGAGGAGAUUCACUUGGCCAAGACGAAGCUCGACGAACUCGAGAAGCGUCUUGAGGAUGCUGCCAACGCCGGCAACCACGCCAAGGCCGCCGACCUCCAGUACGGCGCCAUCCCCGAGCAGCGCGCCGUCAUCAAGGAACUCGAGGCCAAGAAGGCCGCUGCCGACGCCGCUCUCAACGCAUCAGGCCAGGACCACGGUGCCAUGGUCACUGACGUUGUCACCGCCGAUCACAUCAACGAGAUUGUGGCCCGCUGGACCGGCAUUCCCGUCACUCGCCUUAAGACCAGCGAGAAGGAGAAGCUCGUCCUCAUGGAGAAGCAACUCGGCAAGAUCGUCGUUGGUCAGAAGGAGGCUGUCCAGGCCGUAGCCAACGCCAUCCGCCUGCAGCGGUCUGGUCUCAGCAACCCCAACCAGCCGCCCAGCUUCCUGUUCUGCGGUCCAUCCGGUACCGGUAAGACUCUCCUGACCAAGGCGCUCGCCGAGUUCCUCUUCGACGACUCCAAGGCCAUGAUCCGCUUCGAUAUGUCCGAGUACCAGGAGCGCCACGCCCUUAGCAGAAUGAUUGGUGCUCCCCCGGGAUACGUCGGACACGACGCCGGUGGUCAGCUCACCGAGGCUCUCCGCCGCAAGCCCUUCUCCAUCCUCCUCUUCGACGAGGUCGAGAAGGCUGCCAAGGAGGUCUUGACCGUUCUGCUCCAGCUCAUGGACGACGGCCGCAUCACCGACGGGCAAGGCCGUGUCGUCGACGCCAAGAACUGCAUCGUCGUCAUGACCUCCAACUUAGGUGCCGAGUAUCUCACAAAGUCCACCAACCGUGAGGGCAAGGUCGACGCUACCACUCGCGAGCUCGUCAUGAACGCCCUCCGCAACUGGUUCCUGCCCGAGUUCCUCAACCGCAUCAACUCGACCGUUAUCUUCAACCGCCUCACCCGCCGCGAGAUCCGCAAGAUCGUCGACAUUCGCCUGCAGGAGAUCCAGAAGCGGCUGGAGGGUAACGGCCGCAAGGUAUACAUUGACGUCUCGGAGGAGGCCAAGGAUUACCUCGGCAACGCUGGCUACUCGCCCGCCUACGGUGCUCGUCCGCUGUCUCGCUUGAUUGAGAAGGAGGUCCUCAACAAGCUGGCCAUCCUCAUCCUUCGUGGCAACAUUCGCGAUGGCGAGAACGCCCGUGUCGAGCUCAUCAAUGGCAAGAUGGUGGUGCUGCCUAACCAUCAGGACAGCGAGCUCGAUACCGAUGACGAGGACAUGGAUGAGGAGGAUGCCGUUGACGAGCUUGUCGCUGAUGAGAUGGAUGAGGACAUUUACGACUAA